AUGAAUUUUCCCAACAGACCCAGGAUACGGGGUCGAAGAAAAAGGAAAAAAAAUGGAGAUUCAAUGUAUAAACCCACAACCAUCCCAUUUUGGGCUGACAUUACCAUCGGAGAUGUCAUCACACCAACUGUACAGCAACCAAUGAAAUCUGAGGAAACUGCUCCCAAAGGUCCUCAAAUCAAUGAUGUUAUUAUUGACCUAAGCGAUGAUCAUACACCAGCUAUUCAAACCACAGGCACUUCGCAAGGUCAACAGGAAGUAGUAGAGGUGAAGAAGAAGCCUGUGCUGAAUAUUCAAGAGAAAACUCAAGAGAAGUUCAAACUGAAGCAAAAACAGAGUGAUCAAGCAGACAAACAAUACAAUGAAAACCAAAUGGACACGCCAAAACCGAAAAUUCAGAAAAUUGAAACAGAUGAAUCAAAACCCUCCGGCACUAGCAGCCCAGUAGUCACUCAGACAAACAUAAAAGAACAACCAGAUAUUGCUAAAGAACCAGAGGAAGUGACUCAGCCACCUGCAACAUCAACCAGUGCAACUCCUGAGACUUUGCAAACGCCAACAGUAUUGCAGACAGUUAUAACUCUCAGUCAUUCCACAGCUAAAACAAUACCGACUUUAAGUAAUCAAGGUAAUACUAAAAGGGCCGCGCCACAAGUGAGACAGCAACAGAAUUUCCGCAAAACAAAUAAUUACCAUUAUGAAGCGAACAUACGUCCUGUUUCAGCUAACAUGAUGGUGGGGUCGAACUUCCCGGGCUAUCAGAAUAUGGGCCAAGAUCUCACCACUGUUCCCCAUCCAUUGCCCCGUGGAGUGCCACUCACGUUCCUACGGCAGCAGCAACAUCUGGGUGCCAUAGAACCCCAACAGACGCAAAUGCCGUGGCAGCCCUACCAGCCCCCGGAGCAGCUGGCCCCACCCGCUGACACCCCUGUGAUACCAGCUCCCGAAACCUUAAUACCAGUCAACGAAGUCCGCCAGGAGCCGCCAGUAGCGGGGGCAGAACAGCAUCCCGGCUGGGAGGAGCAGGCGGAAGGGGCCCAGCGCCGGCUCAGCGCCUUCGAGCGCCUCGGCCCCGUCGCGCAUUCCGCCCCUCCGCAGCUGACCAUCAACUUGAACCUGGAGACGGAAAAACCAGUCAGGGAGGUGGUGGGUGGCAAUGCGCCCGAACUGCCAGUGCCACAGCGCGAAGAGAUUCUUCGCAGCACGGAUCCCACCGUGCGCCAGUUCUUAGCGCAGUGGCCCUGGACGGACGCGCCCCCGCCGCGGCGCACUGUCUCAGCCCGACCCUCAAAGACCGCUAUGUUGAUGGAACAGGAGCAAAUGGAGGAGUUCUACGAGAACGACGAUAUGUUCAUUCAAGUUAUAGUAAAAGGCUACCCGAGCACCUGGAGUAAGGAGGACGUGUUCGACACAUUGCUCGACAACCUCAAAGGCAAGAGUUUCAUACCUUGCUUCACCGAGGGUAGCCGCACCGUCUUGCUAACGUUGCACUAUUUAUUGCCCGUAUUCGACUCGGCCGUCUUACUUGAGCUUGACUUCGACGUCGCCCAAAUAGGCGCGGUGGUGUGCCGCCUCUUGGCGUUGGGCUGCAGCCGU